AUGCUCAGCGUUUCAACCUUCCACUUGUCGUCGUUGAAAUCGUCGUCGCAUUCAACCAUUACUCAUUUGAACUCUACACUUCCAUUUUCUUUAUCCAUUUCCCCUUCUUCCAAUUGCUCUUCCACCACCAAACCUUUCAUCAUCCACGCAAUUGAUGAAGCACAUUCAUUCGAUUAUGCAUCAAAAACCAUACUUCAAAUCCAUAACUCCGAAAAGCUAAAAAUUGCAAUCAUUGGUUUCGGAAACUUAAGUCAAUUCCUCGCUAAAACCUUCAUUCGUCAAGGUCACACCGUCUUAGCUCAUUCCCGCUCCGACUACUUCACUGUUGCUCAAACUCUUGGCGUCCAUUUUUUCCCUAACCCUCACGAUCUCUUCGAAGAACACCCUGAAGUUAUCCUCCUUUGUACUUCAAUAAUCUCAACACAAAAUGUUGUCCAUUCUCUUCCCUUUCAGCGACUCAAACGCAGUACAUUAAUUGUCGACGUACUUUCUGUCAAAGAGUUUCCCAAAAACCUUCUACUCAAAAUGCUACCAACCGAUUUUGAUAUCCUUUGUUCUCACCCUAUGUUUGGACCUGAAAGUGCAACCAAAAGCUGGAGUGGACUAGCAUUUGUUUACGAGAAAGUUCGAAUAAAAAAUCAAGAACAAAGGAUUGCAAGGUGUGAGAAGUUUCUUGAUGUGUUUGGAAGAGAAGGAUGUAGAAUGGUGGAGAUGAGUUGUGAUGAUCAUGAUAGGUAUACAUCAAAGUCACAAUUUAUAACACAUACUAUUGGUAGGGUUUUGGACAUUUUGAUGUUAGAAUCUAGUCCUAUUAAUACUAAAGGGUAUGAAUCUUUAUUGAAUUUGGUUGAAAAUACUUGUGGGGAUAGUUACGAUCUUUACUAUGGGUUGUUUAUGUUUAAUAAGAAUUCGACAGAUGUGUUAGAGAGGUUGGAUUUGGCUUUUGAGGAUUUGAGGAAAGAGUUGGUUGCUCGUUUGCAUGAUGUCGUGAGUAGUCAGUUGUUUGAGGAUGUUAGGAAGGUCCAAACUUUACAACGUAAGGGAAUGACUAAGUAUGUUCCAAAUGGAUCUGCAGUUUUGUUGUCUUCCAAAAGUCAAAGGUAUGUUCAUUUUCUUUAA